AUGUCUGCUUCCAAGCUAUAUCUCGCCGUUGUCGGCGUCGGCGGCGUGGGGACAGCAUUCCUGUCGCAACUGGCAUCGCUCCCCUUCAAGCUUCGACCGACGUUGGUGUUCGUCUCCCGAUCCUCCAAGCAGCUAUACACGCCAUCCUACGACGCUGUGUCCGUCUCUGAUCUACAAGCGUCCACGUCAAAACUGCUGUCCCUGUUCGAACUGGUGAACUACCUGUCCUCGGCGCCAGGGAAGGCCAUCCUCGUGGACAACACAUCGAACCAAGACGUAGCCAACGCAUACCCAUCGUUCCUGCGCAAAGGCAUCAGCGUCGUGACACCGAACAAAAAAGCAUUCUCCGGCACUUUACAGCUAUGGAACGACAUUUUCGAUGCCGUCGAGUCCUCGGACGGCCAGGCACUGGUAUACCAUGAAUCGAGCGUUGGGGCUGGUCUGCCUGUAAUUUCGACGCUUAAGGAUCUUGUUUCCACCGGCGACCAAGUCACGCGCAUCGAGGGUGUCUUUUCGGGCACGAUGUCGUUCCUCUUCAACUCGUUCGCGCCGGCAGAUGGGACCGGUGACGGCAGCAAGUGGUCCGAGAUCGUGGCCAAGGCCAAAGAGGCAGGCUUCACGGAGCCAGACCCACGAGACGACUUGAAUGGCAUGGAUGUGGCUAGAAAAUUGACCAUCCUCGCCAGACUUGCUGGCCUCAAGGUCCAAGGUCCCGACAGCUUCCCUGUUCAAAGUCUUAUCCCUAAGGAACUCGAGAGCGCCAAAUCGAGCGAUGAAUUCAUGCAGAGAUUGCCCGAAUUCGAUGGCGAGAUGGAAGGAUAUAAAGACGAAGCGGCCAAGGCUGGAAAAGUCGUUCGCUAUGUCGGAUCAGUCGAUGUUGCUGCUGGCAAGGUGAAAGUCGGUCUCGAACUGGUCGAGAAGGGAACGCCCAUUGCCAGCCUUAGAGGAAGUGAUAACCUUAUCUGCUUUUACACGAAACGGUAUGGUGCGAACCCGUUGGUCAUCCAGGGCGCCGGUGCCGGUGGCGAAGUGACGGCCAUGGGCGUCACUGCAGAUCUUAUCAAGGUUGUCGAGCGGCUACGUUAG